UAUAAAAGAUUUACUGCUAAGAGAAACUAUAUGCGCCUUAACGCCUAUUUACCUAUACUCGCGCUUAGAUGGCGCGCAAAUACUAAUAUACAAGUGUGCACUAGCACUACUAGUGUUGUUAACUAUAUAGGCGUGUACACUUUAAAGGGCAAGACACAGACGCAGACUUUUAAGGAUAUAGUAGGGCAGAUAUUGCUGUAUAUUAAACCUAGUAACCUAAUGCUU